AUGGGUCAUCAAAUUACCCAAUGGAACGUCUCUCACAAGCUCCAGAAGAGGAAGCUCCUCAUCGCCAUCAAUGCUCUGGCUGGUCUAUCCAUUUUCUUCUUCGGAUAUGACCAAGGGAUGAUGGGUGGCGUGAACAACGCUAAGCACUACAUCGACCUCAUGGGCUUUGGACAUACCGAGACCAUCAACGGGACUCCGCACACACCUGUCAUCACCAAUACACUACUCCAAGGAGGAAUUGUCUCGGUCUAUUACCUGGGCACUCUCACUGGAGCCUUGGUGGGUGGCUGGGUUGGUGAUAGGAUUGGACGGAUCAAGACGAUUGCAACGGGCGCUGCGUGGGCGAUUUUUGGAGCUACUCUGCAAUGCUCGGCUCAGAAUGCUGCCUGGAUGAUAUGCGCACGCCUCAUUAACGGCUGGGGUACCGGUAUUUUGAACGCCAUCAUACCCGUCUGGGCAACCGAGACUUCCAAACAUACUAGUCGUGGGCAGUUUAUCGCUAUUGAGUUCACACUGAACAUCUUCGGUGUGGUCGUAGCUUACUGGCUCGAGUUCGGUCUCUCCUAUGUCGACGACGGCGUCUCACCUCUCCGCUGGCGAUUCCCGAUCGCGUUCCAGAUCAUUCCGCUGUUGUUCCUCUUUGCCAUCGUCUGGUUCUUUCCAGAGUCUCCAAGGUGGCUCGUAAAAGCCGGUCGUGACGAGGAAGCGCGGUUCGUUCUGGGAAGACUGCGUGGUGAAGAGGGGAACGAAGCUCAAGAUGAGUACCAAGACAUCAGGAACGUUUCGGAGCUUGAGAAGACCACUUCCCAUAGCAACUCUUACUGGGCGAUGUUGACUGGACAGGGAACCGGAAAGCUUCACAUUGGUCGACGGGUGCAAUUGGUCGUGUGGCUACAGAUCAUGCAAGAGUGGGUUGGUAUAGCCGGUGUUACUAUCUAUGCUCCAACCAUCUUCUCCAUUGCUGGGUUUGACUCGAAGAAGUCUCAAUGGAUCAGUGGCUUAAACAAUGUUUUCUAUAUGUUCUCAACUCUUAUCUGCGUCUUUACGCUGGACAAAAUCGGACGACGGAACACGCUGUACUGGGGAUCCGUCGCCCAAGGCAUCGCCAUGCUUCUCGCCGGAGGCUUCUCCCGUCUUGCUAUAGACGCAACGGAUGCCGGUAACGCUAGCAAAGCCUCUGGCUACGGAGCAGCCGCAGCAGCCAUGAUCUUUAUCUUUACCUCAACAUUCGGAGCAACGUGGCUUACAGUGCCUUGGUUGUACCCCGCCGAGAUCUUCCCUCUCGCAGUGCGAGCAAAGGGCAACGCAUGGGGCGUCGUAGGCUGGUCCAUCGGAAACGGCUGGCUUACCCUCCUCUGUCCAGUUAUGUUCGGCGCCAUUGGCGAGAAGACCCUCUACAUCUUUGGUAUCGCCAACGCCCUCAGCCUCCCAAUGGUCUGGGCGCUCUACCCGGAAUCGAACCAGCGCACGCUGGAGGAAAUGGACCUGCUCUUUGCGGCUGACACGCCGUGGAACUGGGACGCGGAGCGCACGUUUGCGCAGCUGAAGGAGCAGAAUCCGGGGCUGGUGCAAGCGGCCCGCCAUGGUCAUGCUGUUGUGGAUCCGGAGGAGGGGUUGGUGGACGGGAAGUCGAGGGCGGCGUCUGGGUUCAGUUUGGAGGGGAAAGAGUGA